AGACCCGUGCUGCGGCGCAUGAUCGCAUCGGGACGCAGGCGCGUGACGCGCCGCCUGUCCGCCGUCGCUUCCCGGUCCCGUAUGGAGGAUGAAGACUGCCCCGACCUGGUGCCGAUAGACGCCGGCGUUGUGCAGGACAGCGAGCCCGGCCCCGGCAGGAAGAUCCCCGUGACGAUCAUCACGGGCUAUCUAGGUGCCGGGAAAACAACGCUCCUAAAUUACAUACUGACUGAACAACAUAGUAAAAAAAUUGCGGUGAUACUGAAUGAAUUUGGAGAAGGAAGUGCACUGGAGAAAUCCCUGGCAAUCAGUCAGGGAGGAGAACUCUAUGAAGAAUGGCUGGAGCUAAGAAAUGGCUGUUUGUGCUGUUCAGUAAAGGACAGUGGUGUGAAGGCUAUUGAGAACCUCAUGAAAAAGAGAGGAAAAUUUGACUAUAUAUUGUUAGAAACAACUGGUUUGGCAGAUCCAGGAGCUGUGGCCUCCAUGUUCUGGGUUGAUUCUGAGCUGGGAAGCGACAUCUAUCUUGAUGGCAUUGUAUCUGUUGUUGAUGCAAAGCAUGGAUUGCAGCACUUGACAGAGGAGAAGCCUGAAGGCCUUGCCAAUGAAGCAUCACGGCAAGUUGCAUUAGCUGAUCUUAUAAUCAUCAAUAAAACGGAUUUGGUUUCAGGGGAAGAAUUGAAUAAAGUCAGAACAUCUGUGAGAUCAAUAAAUGGACUCGUCAAAAUUCUGGAGACACAAAGAUCAAGAGUUGAUCUUUCCAAUGUGCUGGACCUGCAUGCAUUUGACAGUCUAUCUGGAAUAAGUUUGCAGAAAAAGCUUGAGAAUGUGAAGACAACACAUGCACAUUUAGAUGAGGGUAUAAUGACAGUAACAUUUGAAGUCCCAGGAAAUAUUAAAGAAGAAAACCUAAAUCUGUUUAUACAGAAUCUUCUGUGGGAGAAGAAUGUGAAAGAUAAGACUGGACGUACCAUGGAUGUCAUAAGACUGAAGGGACUCGUAUCUAUUCAAGGCAAAUCUCAUCAAGUGAUAGUCCAAGGUGUCCAUGAGCUCUAUGAUCUGGAAGAGACUGCAGUAGCAUGGAAGGAAGAUGAAAAGAGAACAAAUCGACUUGUUUUAAUUGGUAGGAACUUGAAUAAGGAGAUCAUCAAAGAAGUUUUCAUAGAAACUGUGACAGAGAAGCAUGAAAACAGUUGACACUGGACUAUAAACAAGAUGAAAAGUCCUGUGCUUAACUCUGCAAGCUUUUUAUUAUAAGAAAGACUGAAUGACACACUGUAGUAGUUCCUUUUUCCCCUUCCAAUCUACUGAACAGUUAAACACCCAAGACCUGCUAAGAAUCCCAGCUCACCUACUGCUAAAAGAUUAGCUCUUAAGGUCUAGAAUCAAACACAAAAAAAACCUGAGCAUUUUGAAUUAGGCUUAAGUUAUGUUAGUGUGUUUAGCUUUGCAGAAAUACCGAUAGGCAAAAGACUUGUUUCUGCUGUAUGUGAAAAGAGGCCAUCAAUUACAGUAGGUCUGUGUGGUAAAGAUGUUGAAAGACUAGUGCUUUUUUGUCUUAAUGCUCUCUUAAUAAUAAAUUAGUAUUGAUUUUUGCCAGACAUGUAAUCACAGUAAAAAGUAUUUAGUAUUUACUAUUAAACUUUCUUGCAUAGCUUUC